AUGCCCUCCAGAGCAGAGAUAACCCAUUUCGGUGCAGGCCCAGCCGCUCUGCCUACCGAGGUAAUUGAGAAUGCUGCCGCCGCCCUGAUCGACUUCCAGGAGACUGGAUUGGGAAUUGCUGAGCAUUCCCAUAGGUCGGCCUUGGCUUCGAAUAUCAUCAACGAGGCCAAGGCUGAUCUGGCGACAUACCUCGAUAUCCCCGAUGAUUACGAGGUACUCUUCAUGCAGGGCGGCGGAUCGGGCCAGUUUGCUGCUACGGCUUACAACUUUGUCGGCGCUUGGGUUGCGCGCAAACAAAAGGAGCUGGGUGGCUCGGGCCCGGAGCUCGAGGCGGCCGUGAAGAAUCUCAAGAUGGACUACAUCAUCACCGGUAGCUGGUCGCAGAAGGCGUCAGCUGAAGCUGAGCGACUCUUUGGCGCGGAGCACAUCAACGUUGUGGCGGAUAGCCGCAAGACGAAUAACGGCAAGUAUGGAACGAUUCCGGAUGAGAGCACCUGGAACCUUUCUCAGGAUGCCGCUUUCGUUUAUUUCUGUGACAACGAGACGGUUGAGGGUGUGGAAUUCCCCGAGUUUCCCAAGUCCCUUGAGAAUGGACAGAUUGUCGUGGCCGACAUGAGCUCCAAUAUUCUUUCAAGGACGAUCCCGGUCAACAAAUACUCAGCCAUCUUCUUUGGCGCUCAGAAGAACCUCGGAAUGGCUGGUGUCACUGUGGUGAUAAUCAACAAGAAGUUCCUACCGCCUACGACAUCUCAGCCUCCCGCCAUCUUAAUGAGACAACUGGGUCUGCCGAUUCCUCCUCGCAUCUUCGAGUAUGAGACUAUUGCGAAGAACAAUAGUCUCUAUAACACACUUAGCAUCUUUGAUGUAUACCUUGCAGGCCAGGUAUUGAAGCGGCUGCUGAAGCAGAGCCCUAAAGUGCAAGGACAGCAAGCCAUAGCCGAAAAGAAAGCUGAGCUGAUCUACGCAGUUCUCGACGCGCAUCCUGAGGUCUAUCGCAUCACUCCUGAUAAGACGGUGCGAUCGCGUAUGAAUAUCUGCUUCAGGAUCGAAGGUGGCGAUGCCGCAGAAGACGUUUUCUUGAAGGAGGCUACUGCCCUUGGACUCACUGGGCUCCGCGGCCACAGGUCGGUUGGCGGUGUGCGUGCUUCUAAUUACAACGCCAUCCCUCUUGAGGGCGCGGAGAAGCUUGCCAAGUUUAUCGAGACCUUUGCGGCGCAACGGAAGACUUCCUGA